AAUCUUUGACGUUUUGUUAAAAUAUUUCGUAGCAUGUGAAAAGGCGACGUCGAAGACUGAACUUGGUAGGAUAGCAAUUAAAAAACAAGGAUAAACCUUUCGCCGAUACCUGGUGCCAUCCAGAGACUCAAAGAAUAUCGGUCUCCCUUUUUGAAAAGAGAUGGUAUUCUAUUUCACCAGCAAUGUUGUUCAACCGCCGGUGACCCUCUUCAUGGGUCUCGAUAAGUAUGAAAAUGAGGAUCUCAUUAAAUGGGGAUGGCCAGAAGAUGUUUGGUUCCAUGUAGACAAAGUGUCGUCGGCCCACGUUUAUUUGCGAUUAGCACCGGGACAAACAUUGGACGACAUUCCUACGGCAGUUUUGGAAGAUGCCUGCCAACUGGUCAAGGCCAACAGUAUUACCGGAAACAAAAUGAACAACAUUGACAUCGUGUACACUAUGUGGGAGAAUCUCAAGAAAACACCUGCCAUGGAAGUUGGCCAGGUAUCCUUCUUCAAGGAUAAGGAGGUGCGAAAGAUGCGCAUCGAGAAGCGUAGUAACGACAUAGUGAACCGGCUGAAUAAAACAAAACGCGAGGAACAUCCGGACUUCCGCGCGGAACGAGAAAAACGAGACGCCGCCGAGCGAGCGGACAAGAAACGAUUGGAUCGAUCGGUUCGCGAGAAGGAAAAGGAAGAGGAAAAGCGGCGCAGAGAGGAAGCCGAAUUGAGAAGCUACAACUCACUGAUGAAAACAGAAAACAUGACUACCAACUAUGAUGCAGGAAAUGAUUCGGAUGAAUUUAUGUAAAUUUAUGACCAUAAUGAUACCGUUAUGUGGUAAGAAAUAAACUAUUUCAGCUAGCCCUCCUAAGGAGGCUAGUAUCGUUAACAA